UUGAAAAGAACAAUGGUGUUUUGUGUUUUGGAAACAGUAAAAUCUAAGAUAUGGUUUAUAAAAGAAUUAAAGCUGAACAAGGACUCAUUUUAAAGCAUUCUUUCAAAAUCAUUGGACAAUGUAUCUCUUGAUUUUGCCAGCUAUUUUUGGCUGGCAAUCGGUUUCGUCAGAUAUUGUUAAGAAUCUUCCUGCAUUUCAUUUUAGUCAAAAUGAUAUUAUUCAACCAGCGCUUGCACAUUUUUUACCAACAAAACCGAUAGUGUUGAACACAUCAGUUUACAUAGACAGAAGUGAAAACAUCUUACGAGUUCCAAACAUAACGAGAUUUGAAGGCAAAAAGAAACCUUUAAAGAGACCGCCAAAAAGAACAGUCCAGAAGAUAAUAAGAAAGAACAAGAUGAAGAGAAAAUACGCUCCGGUCGUGACCCAGCCUUCACAAACGAAGGAACAAGCUGAACAAUAUGAUAAUUUUAAUUAUCAAGAAGAGCCUGUCAUAAAGAAUGUAUCAACGCCACAGACGAAUCAGAAGAAACAAAAAAAGUGGAACAAAUUAGUCAGAUAUCCGAUGCCGUUCAAAAAAACAGGUCACAAUAAAGACUCACAGAAAAAUUUGAAUGUGUUCAGGAGAUAUAAGAGAAGUGACGAUAGAAAAGAUCUUUUUAUACUAAACGAUUUGGACGAAAUGGAGUUUCUGAGUAAGAAUAAAGACUAUGAUGUUGUCAGUGCGCAUUUACAAAAUCAUUGGUAAAAUAAGUGUUAGAAUUAGGUGAUAUCAUGGACUAAAUAUAUAAAAGGACCGAUGGAGUGCAUGCAAGAUAUCGUAAAGAAUGUUUAGUUCCUUAUGAAACUAUAGAUGGCGCUAGGUGCAUUUAAUCGUUAUAAUUUGAAAUCAAUCUACAACGACACGAAGCAUAAGGAAGAAGGAACUCGUUGUACUUAUAAUUAUGGCAAGGAUAAUUAAGAUUUACAUUUAUACAUAAAGUGACGCCUCUUUCCCGAAGAGGUAGGCUGAGACUACAUCUUUCCACUUGCCAUUAAUUGCUCCUUCAUGCAAGCCCCGCGGUUUUGGGUACUCUUUAUUUUCCAGGUAAAACAAUAGCGCCAUCUUGUUUUAAUACAGGAUUUUAACAAUCUGAAAUACUUUUUUUUG